GUGCUGUGCAGCAGCUGAGUCGCGAGUGUCCUUUUUGCCUGCAGCUCGAGGCAAGGUGACCUAUUAGGUAAACACACUCACCUGCAAUUCUAUACCUGACCUGACCCAGCUGUCUGCAGGCUGUAAUAAGCAGCAGAGUGGAACCCCGGCUGAGUUUCCCCCACCCUCACCUUCAAGUCCUGACACAACAACACCAGAUCUUUUCUCGCUGUAGCUUUAGCCAGCAGGUGCUUGCAGUGAUGGUAGAGGGGAAGCCGUAUCGGUACGGGCUGAUAGUGGCCGGCCUGUGUGUGGUGGCCGUCGGCCUCUUCAUCAUGACUCAGGAGCGACCGCACGUCUAUGCCACGAUGUGUGUCCUGGGCGUCACCAUGGUGUGUGUCGGGACUACGUGGAGCCUGUGCCAGUGCUAUCCCAAGGUCACUUUGGCUGCUCAGAUUCAGGAGAAAAAUCCAGAGGAUCUAGUUUGUACUUCAGCUGAAGCCACAGACCAAAGGCAUGCUGAUGCUCUACCAGGUUUCUGUGGCCAGAAGUCAACCAGCAGCAGACUGAUGAGCCAGUGUCACAGCUGUCCCACACUGCACCUGGUCUGAGGCACUGCAGGCUACCACACUGAAGGCUGCACGGAGAUGAGGGGGCCGCUGUUUGAAGCCAUUUUAUCACCUGUUGCUGAAGGAUGACAUCACUCACACUGUGCCGUUUAAAUUUGUACAAAUAAUAUAAAGAAUAAAUGUGAUUCUUUAUUAACUGUUUUCUACCGCUUCUUGUCACUGUGACAUGCCCUAAGAUUCCCUAGAGCCAUUUUUAA